GCAGGAGCGAACCAGACUCUCAACAUGGACCUCUCUUUAGCUCGAUCUACAUUGCAGAUACUUUGGACCGCUGCAUGCACGAACAAAGGUAAUAACUUUAAAUAAAACAGCUUAUUGUAAUUAUUUUAAUUUGAAUCAAGUGACUAGUAAGUAAAUGCAUGCUAUAUUUUACAACAGUUGUUGUUUCUAAGUGUUUACUUGGAUGUUUUCUGCGUAGUAAUAUGACCUGUAGGUUGGUGGUGGUGGAGCUCUCUGUAGUAACAUGUCGCUGUGACCUCACUACUGGUUGACACUACUGCCCUGUGAGAGGAGGAAAAACAUGAAUCAACAUUAUUUACCUGUCGAGGGAUCUCCCAGAGUUGUACAUGUGCUGUUUCCAGUGAGCACACCAGUUUCACUGAGUGCAUUUGCCUUCAAACAGAUACAAAUAUAUCGAUGUGAGCAUAAUCACUAGGAUUUGUAUGAGCAUGAAUUUUCUCAGUUGUGCCAGUGUUUUACCUGGUUGAUAUCCUCAAACAGCAAAAAGCCGUAAGAUUCCUUCAGCUCCUCCUCUGAAUAACCAAAUUUCCGUCUCUUUUCACGGAACGCAUUGUACUGGUGUAAAAAGAAGGAAGAAGAAAUGAGUUUGAAAGCUGGAUAAUGUCAUUUAAGGAUAUGUUUGAGGUUCCUCUUGUGGCAUUUAAGAGCAGUUCCUAUUUCCACUAUUUCUUUAACAUAAAGGAUUUGAUAUACAAAUGAAGAGAUACAUGAAUCAAAUGGGAAUAUUUACACACAAAAAAGUAUAUCUAUGACAUCAAACCCUGUGCCACUAAUAAAUAAACAUAUUUAAGGUUAGCCAUUACACGUGGCUUAAUGUUUAAUGACUAAAGGUGUGCACUGACCUUUUCUUCCAGUGCUGUGUUUUUUACCAGCACAGCGGACUUAUACCUGAAAGACCGUCUCGACUCCUCGUACAAGUACGCACUUUUAAGUGGGGCCAAAAUACUGCUUUGAAAGACAUCAGACCGUUCUGAGACAGGUACUAAAACACCUAGAAGUACACAAAAGGACAAGUACAAUCGUUAGCAUGACAUGCAAGCGACACGAGCGAAAUUACAGCGAAUUGUUCUUCAAGGGAAAAGUUUCACAGGGCUGGGACUUUUUGUACUGUGAGACACGACACCUUGUCCACGCGUCCUUUUCUUUUAGGCUAAUCACACGAGAACAGGAGGUGGAUAUCUCACAAAUACUUGGAAAUACAUAUACGAUCCACAUUUCUUGUUGAAAGUUACGUUACACGAGGAGAGGAAGAAAAAAAAAAAAAAAGCAGACAAAAAAGAAGCUCGUCACCUUUACUCGAGGCACCACCAUUCCCACUUUCCAUUGCUGAAUACUUAUGACAUCUGUCGUUCUCGUUUUGCCCUUCGAUGAAAACAGUUGUUCUUAAACAUUACAAUAUAAAUAUGAAGUCCCAUGUAGUGCUGUAAACGAGAGAACCGUUCAAAGUAACUUGAGCUUUCGCCGCAGUUUCAACCGACAUAUUAAUGCGACAACCAGGAAGUUACAGAAAAUAUGCACCCGUCCGAACACGUAGGAGGAAAAACGUCCAGUUAAAUCCGCUUAUUUUGGGCAAUAAAUCCUUUUUAGUUAAGACAGAUCCUCGGUCUUCUGACAGGGCUGAUCAGCGCGUGUAUAUUCCGCUUCGAAAUAGAAACAGAAACCUAUCGAGGAGAAACCUCCAUCUUGAAAGUCUACACCAAACUGGUCGUGUUGGUGAAGCUAGUCUGCGCCUGCGGUUCUCUUCUCCUCUGUGUGUGUGUGUGUGUGUGUGUUGUUCUCUAUUCAGUGAAUAGUGAAUGAUUGCUAGCUAUGAAACGAACCGAAAUCGACAAAAAUCGCGUUUCUACCCGUUACGUUAACAGCCUGGCAGUGUAAGGUUAUAAUUUUGAUUGUAUAAUAAAUACAUAUGUAUAUGCACAUUGUUUUUUAGGUGUAACUCUAGAGCUUGAGGAGGUAGUUGGAUCAGUGCUAACUGUUAAAACACUCACAUUGAGGCAGCACCAAACUUUUACUUUCAUUUCUGCCGAUAUAAUAAUGUAAGUAUUUGUGAAAAGAAACCAUUAGCCGACAGAGUUUGGAUUAAAGACCAUUCUGCUUCUGUUGGUCGUUAACAAGUGCACACUAACUUGGUUUGAGGUUAAAUACACUGUGGUGUAUGGUUGAGUCUCGUGGCUCUCAUCGUCAAAACCAUAACCUGAGUGGAUGUAGUCUAUGUGACGUCUCCUAUAGGGGUCUGAGGAGCCUUGUGAAGCUAGGUGGCUCCUGUCGGAGUAGACACUCAAAGCGGACACGCCCUUAUUGAUCUAACUUUAAGCUUUAAUAUAAUUUACAUGGGUGAGUUAAACAAAAGUUUCAGUUGCAUUGGAUGAGGAUAAUAGCUUUGGAGAGCUAAACUGUUUUUUGUACCAAGCUGUAAACAGGUUUAUUUCUGCUUCUAUGGAGAUCGAUUUGCUUUCAGAGCCAGCUUCAAGUGGACAUUUAAGGAACUGCAAUGUUUGGCACUUCAACGUUGGCUUCAUUUCUCAGCACCGGAGAUUGCACGGACUUGCAAUACAUGUUUGCCUUUUUAUUUUUGCAAUGCAAUAAAAAAAUGUACAAUGACCCCAAAGAGUCAUGUUGGGAAUUAUUUUUUUGAACUUCUUUUAUGUUGCCUCUGAAUGUUUUCUCAUUUCUCCCAUUUUCCAUUCCCCUGAACCCAUAGGAACAUUUAGUGUGUUGGUACAGUCCACAAAAGGUAUUACAACAUCUGUUCACUCGAGUCUGUUGUUCAUAUUUUGAUAAAAACUAAAAGGAUCUCACAAGCCGCCACUGUUUCAGCAGUUGCAAACACUAAAAUUGGUCUACAAUUCAGAGUUGUCAGACCACACGAACACAGCAUGUACCUGCCCAAGCAUGAUGGUUUAACAAGGGGGACUCAGUAGUUUCUGGGCCAUCUGUGGCUACACCCAAACAUAUUUAGCUGCACUGCGCAAGUUAAACGCUUUAUCUUAAUUGGUUAACUCAUAAGUAGGACAUUAUGUUCAGUUUCAUGUGGUUCUGAUGUCCAUGAACCAGGAGGUUCUAGUAAAGGUUCGAGUAAAUAAAUACAUUUUCCCAUUUUUUUCUGCAUUGUUAAAUAGGAAUAAACAUUUGUUUUUUAUUUUUGGUAUUUAUAUUUUUUAUAUUUAUGGCAUUCAAUUGUUUUACUUGAUUGAUUUUCCAAAAGUCAGUCGCCUACAUCUCCCAGAGUUCAUAGCUUUUGUUUGUUUUGUACUGGACGUCAACGUCACUGACCACCCCGCGUGUUUUACGGUAAUGCAGCCCUUCCAGUCUUUACUCUUUUGCCUCAAAAUGAACAGCAUGUUUGACUGAAGUCUUCGUGGUCGACGGAAAAGAAAAACGGUAACAUGAAAUGAUGGAGAUCACUCGGACCAGACCGUCCUUGUUUGGAGAAAUCGCUCAUGGUCUUGGAUUCUGGACGGACCGGUCAGCGGUGCAUGUGGCCGCUGCAGAGGGCCGGGCCCUCCAGCUGCAGCAGCUGAUCCUGGGCGGUGCAGCAGUUAACAUUGUGGCAAUCGACUCCAUCACCCCGCUGCAUGAGGCGUGCAUACAGGGACAGACCCAAUGCGUCAGACUGCUGCUGGAUGCUGGUGCACAGGUGGACGCUCGUAACAUCGAUGGAAGCACGCCGCUGUGUGAUGCCUGUGCAGCGGGUAGCCUUGAAUGUGUCAAGCUGCUGUUGGAGUACGGAGCAACAGUUAAUCCUCCACUGUUUACCUUCUCACCACUUCAUGAGGCUUGCAUGGGAGGAAAUUCCGAUUGUGUUCAGUUCCUGAUUGAUCAAGGAGCUUUCAUGGAGGCCCACGACUGCCACUAUGGGACGCCGCUUCACGUAUCCUGUGCAAGGAAACAUUAUGACUGCGCCAAAGUUCUCCUCAAUGCAGGGGCAAAUGUGAAUGCUGCCAAGUUACAUGAGACGGCCCUUCAUCAUGCAGCCAAAUCCAAGAGGGCUGACUUGAUUGAUCUACUUGUGGAGUUUGGGGGGAACGUGUACGCCAGAGAUAACCUGAACAAAAAACCCAUCCACUACACCAGUCUGGGCUCUACACCUUAUCUCUGCCUUGAGUUCUAUGAGAAUACCCCUCUCAGUCUACAGCAGAUCAGCAGAGUGGCUGUGAGAGGAGCUCUCGGCAGCAGAGCACGGGAAGUCGUUUCCCAACUGAACUUGCCCAAUCGCAUCAUACGUUUUUUGUCCUACAUGCCACCUCAAGUUAUUGAAAUUGAAUCACCUGUGUGAAACUUAAGGCGCAGCUCUUUAGAAGGUUAAUUCUAGACCAGUUAUGUCUGCUGACAUCUCCUCUCCGGAAAGUCAUAUGACAGGAUGUUGAAGUGAAGAGCAGAAGAGCAGCACAGAUCAAAUGUCAUAACACUUCAAGACUAGAGAGAUUUCUUAACUUGAAUAAUCAGACUGCUUGCCCAGGCACAUUUGACAGCGUUGAAACAUGUACCAUGAUCUCAUCAUGAUGUUCUGGCUAACCUGUCGGUAAACAACUGUAAGCUUACACAUCCACUCGAGUUAUGUUUAAGGCCACCAAAUUAAUGUUAAGUCCGGCAUUUACUUUCAUUUAAACCCUUUGCUGCAAAAACACCCGUCUUCUCCUGGAAGUAGAUGAGUCUCACCCAUACAGUCUGCAUGAAGGACAAACAACCGUAACAACUAGUGUAAACCCACACAGGUGAUAUGAAUCAAUUUGUCCUCUUCUCAGGAAUGUCAGCAUACAUACUCUCUUAUUAUCUUUAUCUUUUAAUCUCCGUAUUACUACGUGGAGUCAUAACGUGACCUCGCAUAACUUCCAGCAUAGCUCAGCCCACCUUCGCCCGAGCAGGGGCGUCGUCAGCCACACCUUAACAAUGCAUUCCCAGAAUGUUUGGCCACAGAACAAUUUCACAUUACUUUGAAUCAGUGAUAAUAUCAAAAGUGUUGCUUCAUGGAGCUUAAAAUAAACAUGAACCUGGCUUGCUCGUCAUGGGGACUUCAUCAUAGAUCUUGUGAUACUUAAUUGAAACCAGAGGGAACAUGAAGUAGUUUGCUAGGAUUAUGUCACUGUAUAUAUUAUGUAACUGUGUACUUUGAAUGUAAAUUUGUAAAUAAUACAGAUGGUUCUACCUCUAUUCAAUUUGUGUAAAUAAAAAGACCACUACGGGGCUAUUUUAAAAAUAAUUCUCUCGUGUUGUGUCUUCUGUUGUAGCUGAACUGCGAGUAUCAAUAUUGGUUGUUAUUGUUUUGGUUGUUUCUUUCAGAAAAAUAUUGCUUUAAAGGGUUGCACUUGUCAAAACGACACUAUGGUUAUUAGGUCAUUCAGUCCAGACUUUUCAAACUUUUUUUUUGCCU